AAAGCCAGCAUGCAGGUUUUCCUAACGUCUUUAAAACGCUCUCUUCCUCUUUCUAAAGCUCAGGCUGUGACACAAUUUUAUUUUAUUUUCAUCUAUUCAAACUGUGACCUAAGCAAAUUGAAAUUGAAUUUUUGAAAUAAUUGAUGCGUUUUAUGCAGGCCAGUGAUAGGUUUAACAUCAAUUCUCAACUUGAGCAUCUCCAAGCUAAAUAUGUUGGAACUGGACACGCCGAUUUGAACAGAUUUGAGUGGGCGGUGAACAUUCAGCGUGAUAGCUAUGCAUCAUAUAUUGGGCACUACCCUUUACUGGCAUUCUUUGCUGUUGCUGAAAAUGAAUCUAUUGGAAGAGAACGCUACAGCUUUAUGCAGAAAAUGCUCCUGCCUUGUGGUUUACCUCCCGAAAGAGAAGAAGAUUAAGAAUUGCCAUCUGGAUCAAAUGUUCACAGCAUAGUUAUAGCCUUUGAGGUUUGUUGUACCGUGUUAUCUGAUUGAGGAAACAGAUGGUUGUGUGUGACCUUGAUUAGAGAUUGUUGCAUCAUCUUUCUUUAGCUUAUAGAUGCUUAGGCUUUAGUUUGUAAUGGAGCUUGGAAAGUUUAGUUUAUUCUUAAUGAAUGUUGUCUGAGUUUCCUAAACUAUGACCUUUAUAAAUUGAAUGCAGCUUGGGUUUGCAUCC